GUCCAUUGCGUACACAAUGGGCUCUUCUGUAUCUUCUGGCUCUGGAAUGGCAUCUAGCAGUCAAAUGAGAGGUGGGAGCGUGUACAUCGGAAGCAGAAGCCACGCUGGGAGUGGAAGCCAUGCUAACAGAGGUACCACCACGACCACCACGACCACCGCACAGAGCACAUCCAAGCCCUCUGGUCUUCUAGCCAGAUUCUCUGACUGGGUGAAGAGAUUCGUUGAACGCAUAUUGCGACGCUUCAAGACUUCGAAAGGUGCUGGGCCAUUACAGUCCCAGCGAGAAGAUGCAGUCGCCAAAGCCGAAAUCGAUGACAGGGAGACAAUCGAAUAGAUGAUCUUGCGCCUUUGUAUAAAUUAAUUCUUUUCGCACUGUUUGUUUG